AUGGUACAGAGUUACCAUAUAAGUGGUCCAUCCACUGGACGAGUAACAAUAAACCGUGAUGGGUCUUUGCUGUUAAAGAAGGUCACCAAGAGAGAUGCAGGAAUCUACACCGUAGCAGUGGAAAAAGAAAAUUCCCAAACAUUAAUAGGAUAUGUGAAGCUAAGUGUAUACCGGCAUGUGAGAAAGCCCACCCUCCGAAUCAGCAACACCACAGCCACAGAGGAUAAGGAUGCUGUGGUCUUUACCUGCUACUCAAAUGCGCACACCAUCCAGUGGUUGUUCAAUGGCACAGAACUGCAGCCCACAGAGCGAAUGAAGCUGUCCCAGGACCACAGAAGCCUCACCAUAGACCCAGUCAAGAGGGAAGAUGCUGGAAAUUACCAGUGUGAAGCCUCCAACCCCAUCAGUUCUGUUGCAAGUGUGGCUCUUGAGCUGAAUGUGAAAUUUGAGUGACUCUU